AUGCUUAUAAUCCAUAAAAGUAGAAAAAGGGAAAAUAUAUCUAAUAAAAUACCUAAAGCAAUUUUUUUUAAAGAGAUUGAUUUAUUGAUACAAUCUAUCGGAAAAGGUUUCAUAUUGGUAUCUUUUCUGGUUUUAUUAAUCAAUCCAAAUAAUUUCCUUAAAGAAAUGGGAGCAAAUGCUUCAUCACAAUUGGAGCGGGAAUUGAAUGCAACACAUUUUAAAGGAAACGAACAUUAUUAUGGAUUGAUAAAUUUUGGUAAUACUUGUUAUUGUAACUCCGUUAUCCAAGCCCUUUAUUUUUGUCAACCAUUUCGAGAAAAAUUACUUACCUAUCGACAACAAACUAAAAAAACAGGCCUUCAAAAAGAUAACUUAUUAUCUUGUUUAGCAGAUUUAUUUCACAAUAUUCAUAAUCAAAAAAGACGGAUAGGAACUAUUGCUCCAAAAAGAUUUAUUACGAGGUUGAAGAAGGAAAAUGAAUUAUUUGACAAUUAUAUGCAACAAGAUGCUCAUGAAUUUUUUAAUUACCUUAUAAAUGCUUUAUCUGAAUGUUUGACUAUAGAUAAAAAACGGGUAGAUAAAGUAAAAGGUAGUCAUAACAAAUCUCAAUUAAAUAAUUAUGGAUCCAUUAAUUCUAAUAAAUUACUUCCAUCAACAGGUUCAGGAAUAACAUCAACUAUUGAUAGUACUACUACUAGUAGUAACAAUAAUAAUAAUAAUAAUAAUAAUGGAACAACUGAAACAACAUGGGUUCAAGAUAUAUUUCAAGGAACAUUAACUAAUGAAACAAAAUGUUUAAAUUGUGAAACUACAAGUAGCAAAGAUGAAGAUUUUUUAGAUUUAUCUGUUGAUAUAGAACCUAAUGUCUCAAUAACACAUUGUUUACGUGUCUUCUCUUCCACAGAAACAUUAUGUGGAGACCAAAAAUAUUAUUGUGAUAAUUGUUGUUCAAAACAGGAGGCACAGAAAAGAAUGAGAAUUAAAAAAUUACCAAAGCUUUUAGCUUUACAUUUAAAAAGAUUUAAAUAUGUUGAAAGUUUAAAUAGGCAUACUAAACUUUCUUAUAAAGUUCUUUUUCCUAUGGAGCUUCGACUUUUCAAUAUUUCCGAUGAUGCGUCUAAUGCUUCUAGAAUUUAUGAUUUAGUUUCUGUUGUUGUUCAUUGCGGAAGUACACCUAAUAGAGGUCACUACAUCACUUUAGUUAAAUCCCAAAAUUUCUGGCUACUUUUUGAUGAUGAUAUUGUUGAUAAAAUAGAUGAAAGUAAUUUGGAAGAUUUUUUUGGUUUGUCUGAUUCAAAUCUUCAAAAAAAUUCUGAAAGUGCAUAUAUCUUAUUUUAUCAAUCCAGAGAGAUAUCUUCACUUACCUAUGAAACCUCACGCCAACCAACAUCUCGUGGAACAUUACCAAAUAUUAAAAUGGCAAAUAGUUCUUACCAUUACCAUUAG